AUGCGAGAGCCAACAUUCAUCAGUUGCGCCAUGACAUUGUCCAGUCCUAUGCAAGUUCGAGAUGAUUUCCCUCCAGCUUUUCUUCACAAGUUGAUCCAUGUGAGGUUCACUUGCCAGAAGAGGCAUUGCCCAUGGUCCUGUCACUAUCGCUGUAAGGGAUCCACUAUAAAGGCUUCGCGAGAGUUGAAAAAAAUUGGAACGCAACAGGGCGAACCCAAAGGAGCAAUUCAUAGAGCUGGGGGCAUAUGA